GAGAACUAUUUAUUAUCGGUCAAACCAUGUGAUCGGUAUUGUUUACUUCAGCGAGAGGGUGCAGAAAAGUUUAUGUUCUGUUACGCCUGGGCUAGCUUAAAUCUAAUGACAGUCUUGUAACUUGUUUUUGGAAGAAUAGCAAAUAUGUUACAACGUUUAGCAAUCUUCUUCCUUAUUGCUCAUGCAGUAGACAGUGUGGUCACUAACCGUAAAUUGUUCGUUAUCGAAAAUAGGGUUGCAAAAGUUCAGUUAGAGCAAGCGUUCGGUCUGGUCGAUUCAAAGCUCCAAGUGAGUACUCGACCUACGGGAGCGAAUGAGUUUGGGCCGUGGGCUGAUUUGGGUUCUCCGACUGUAGCCAAAACGAUUGUCUCAAACCCAGUGGCUGUACACGAUGUAAACAACCAGACUGAAGUUUUUGUUCAAGUUUCUAAUGGCCAGGUUUACUCUAUCCUACAGGAUAAAUCUGACCCAUCAAAAUUUAGUAAAUGGUCAGAAAUUAGCAGCAAUAAACUACCGGUAGAUUACAAAUCAACAGUUUCAGUGAAAGAAAUUGAUUCCCUUUUCUCUCUAGCCCGAAACACUGAAAUUCAUGUUUUUGCUCGAUCGCUAACAAGUAACUCAAGUUUAUUCGUGUGUAAAAUUUCAAGCAAACCAUGCGCUUGGCAAUUAAUUGGUGGCAACAAAUCAAACUUGGCUACUGCUGCAGAAGUUAUUUACAACCCAUUUAGCAACUAUUUUGAAGCAUUUGCCGUUAUGCAGGACGGCUACCUGUACCGAACUUGGCAGAAAAAAGUAGAUGAAUGGGCGUCAUGGAGAACGAUGAGUAUGUCGUCAUCAAGAAAGAACAGUAUUGACCCACCAAAGAUGUCCAUGUCAAAGCCUGUUGCUGCUGUCAUGUCACACGAUUGGGCUAAUGGGGUCAUAGAAGUGUACGGCAAAGGCCAAGAUGGCCGUAUACACCACAUCUUCCAAACCACCUGCGACCACGUCGACAACCCCUGGGGCUAUUGCACAUGGGGAGUGUGGCAUAGUAUGAAUGGCAAGGUUCCAGUCAGUGGCGUGAGUAAUCCGCUGACUACCGGACAUAACAUUCACUACGGUGUGGAAAUAUUCACAAUCGAUUCUUCUGGAAGUUUGUGGCACGUUUGGCAGUUGCAACGAGGUGAUUCAUGGAGCGAUUGGGAGCAAAUUCAAACUUCACCAGUAGCGGUCAGUCUGACGUCAGUUCCAUUUGUCAACAACGACAAGCAAGGAUGGUGGCAAGCUUUUGGCUUCAUUGAUAAUGACAAGAUUGCCGUUGUGACACAAUCCAGAAAGAUCGCUGCCCAGCCAUCUGACGUUGCAUUUGGAACACCAUUGAAUGUAGCAUGGAGUGUGCCAACUGAUGAGGCUACAAAUAAAGACUGGAUUGGAGUCUACCCAGCAGGCAGUACAGAUGGCCAAUAUGUUGAUUAUAGGUACAUUCAGGGUGGAUUGAAUCCAAUUACAGACCGAAUUCCUGUUGGGAAUGUUUCCAUGACUUCUUUCCUGCCGGAUGGGUAUUAUGAUAUCAGGUACUUGGUGAAUCGUCAGUAUCUGAAUGUUAUGAGCACAAAGGUGUCAUAUUUCAACAUGAGUCAUGAAGAAGCCUGGGUGCAGUUGUACAGAGGUCUGUUCUAUGGGCUUGGUAGUAAGAACGUCAAUUUCGACAAGUGCGUUGAAGAAGGCAAUGCAACAGUAGCAAAAUUUGAGGAAAGCUUCGAGGCAUUUGAGGAUCGAGAGAUUUUCAAGGGUCUGCAGUUGCUGGGUGUAGCAUUAGAUGAUGUCAGGAAAACAUUGAUGGUGUGCGAAGAGACGGCUAUCGCAAAGGCUCUCGAGAAAUUCAUAAACGACCUUGUCAAAUGCACGGAACAGAACUGCGAGAACUUUAUCAUUGAUAUUCUGGAGUUCCUUAUGAUCUUGUACGAAGACGUGUAUGAGAUUUUUGGCGAUAUUCAUGCCGCGAGCAACAAUUUUAAUCUCAUUAAGGGGUACGAGCAAGGUGGCUUGUGCAUUGGUCGCCUCGUAAAGGCAUGUAUUUCCCUCCCAAAUUAAAUCCCAGCUCAGCUGAUCGUUGCCAUUUGAGGAAUUAAAGAGAAAAAUAGUAUGUUUAGUAUUAUUCUAGAAUAGAUUCCAGCCUGCAGCUCAUUCACCCUUAAUAUAUUGUUAAUGUUUUCUGUUAUGUAUCCUGUGUUAUGUUAGCAAUAUAAUUGCAAAAAAAUUGUGUUACCCAAGCAGAUUGACAGUUGGAAAUCAGGGUCGGUCAGGUUUCAGUUUUUUACUAUAAUUUUAGAAUGAGUGCGUGGCUAACCAUUCAAGCUAAAGUGGUAACCAAUGGGCUAACAUUUAAUCAUGGAAAGUGCCGUUUUCAUGCAUUUUACAAGUAUUUUAGACAUUUUUUCAGAGGAGGGUGGAAAAAAAAUAAAAAUAAAAUUUUUUUUUUCGUGUUUAGCAAAUGGUUUUGCCAAAAACAUCCAGAUGGAGAAAAUGAAAAUAACAUAUUAUUGGCGAAUGUAAACAGUGUAGUAAUUCAUACUGUAAAUACCCGAAUCACUUGCAGGAUUUAUUUAUUUAUUUUUUUUUUAGUAUUAGGAUCUUUUGCCAGGAUCUACCAUUUUAACUCUUUCCUGGGGUAUUGAGGGUAGGUAGUUGACAAUACUCCUUAUAUGAAUACUGUAGCUGUGUUAUGUUAGAAAUAUCAAAUAAUUUGGAUAUUUUUUUUGGCAUGAACAUAUAAAACAUAUACUAUUUUUCUAUUUAAUUUUAAUGUACUGUAUACUUUUAAGUUUAAAGUACUUUUAAGUAAUAUUAAAAUAUUUAGUAUUAGUUUGUUUACUACUAUGUUAUACAAUUUAAGUCAAACUUGCCCUUUAUAUAUUACAUAUUUUUUAUUCCCAUUUCUUCUGCUUUAUUUUUUUAAGCCAAAGCAAUGCAAUGUAUAUCAAUGCAACAAAUAAUGCAACUGCUUUGAUUGAUGUUAAGUGUAUGGUAAUGUGUUGAGGUGAAGAGUCCACCAUUAAAUCAAUAAACUUGAGAAACUUAUCACAA